AUGAGGAGAUGCCUGGUCAGCCUCACGUUUUGUACCUGCUACCUGGCUUCUUACCUCACUAACAUGUAUGUCCUAUCUGUGUUGAAAUUUACCUACCCUACAUUAUUUCAAGGGAGGCAGACAUUAAUUGGUGGACUUCUGCUUCAUGUGUCAUGGAAACUGGGCUGGGUGGAGAUCAACAACAGUUCAAGAUCUGAUGUUUUGAUGUGGCUUCCUGCUUCAGUGCUGUUUGUGGGUAUCAUCUAUGCUGGUUCCAGAGCACUGUCCAGACUGGCCAUCCCUGUGUUUCUCACUUUGCAUAAUGUAGCUGAAGUUAUCAUCUGUGGGCACCAGAAGUGUUUUCAGAAAGAGAAAACCUCUCUUGCAAAGAUCUGUAGUGCCCUCUUCCUCCUGGCCACCACGGGAUCCCUGCCCUUCCAUGACUCCCAGUUUGAUCCAGAUGGAUAUUUCUGGGCUGUAAUUCACUUAUUCUGCUUAUAUGCAUCAGAAAUACAUCAAAAGAUGCAAUAA